CACUCAUGAAGAUAGAUUUCCACUCAACAAUCUACAUCGAACGUUACUCUCAUUUCCCUCUACGCUUAGUACUUGAAAUUAUUCGUGCUUUUCACCUCUGCAAUUGGCGUACGUCAAUUAAGCCAAGGUUACUCGCCCACAUAGGUUCAUAAUCCGUAGGGCGGUUUACAUUAUGGAAUUUUUCGUUAACGGCGCUUCUCGACGUAACGGCCAGUCUGGUACCAUCGGGGCCGCUGCCGCUGUCCUGAAGGAUUUGGAUUCCCCUUUUUCUUCUUCUUUUUCUUCUUGGGUCACAUCAGAACCUCUAGACGAUAGCAUAUACCCCGCUACUCACCAACGAGCUGAACUUCAGGCCAUCAUCAUAGCACUCAAAUGGGCAUUGCAAAAAUACAAUGUGCUCCCUCCACGUCCUAACAUGGAAGUUACAAUUUGGUCCGACUCAAAAUACGCUAUCUCGUGUGUUUCGGAAUGGGUCCAUGGCUGGGUUCGCAGUGGUUGGAAAACCGCAAAAGGAAACGACGUCGUCAACCGUGAUCUUAUCGAGGAAGCCGACAACCUAGAAAGCCAGGCAAAGCACUUCGGCGACGUCACAUACCUCUAUAUAUCAAGACAGCAUAACGAGAAGGCCGCCACAGCCUGUACUCUGUUGCUUAGCAGAAUAGCAGCCGGAAUGAUAUACCAUGUGUCUGAACAGGAUGAUACCCCGGGCCAAGACGCCGUAUCGAGCGGAACGACCAACCAUGGAGUCGAACCUGAAGUUUAGCGACCCGCUUACAAUUUUAAAAUAGUCUUUUUACAUGGGGAAAUAAUAUGCCACGGCAUUUUAUUAGAUAAUGACAACAAAAAUAGCGCUCACAUGCUAAGUACCUAGGUAUAUGGAAACAUCUGAUAU